CCGUGCUGUGCGCUCCCCCAGGAGUGAGGGUUGCUGGGCCUGAUGACGUGGCUUGGCAACGUCCCUACCGGCGCUGCCUCGGAGGAACCGAGCGCCGCCGGAACUGCCCGCGGCCUAGUCACGACGCGCGUGUGUUUGUGAGCCGGAGCCAGGGACAGCGGCAACGGCGGCCUGGCCUACAAGAACCCGACGGGGCCGCUGCCAUGGGGGAGUGAUGAGUCUGCGCCCGCUGUUCCGCGGCAGCAGCGAGACAUGAGGAGACCCCGCGGCGGUGGCAGCGGCGGCGGCUCCUGAGCCCUGGGAUGGAGGAGAAAUACGGCGGGGACGUGCGGGCCGGCCCUGGCGGCGGCGGCGGCGGCGGCGGCCUCGGGCCGGUGGACGUACCCAGCGCUCGAUUAACAAAAUAUAUUGUGUUACUAUGUUUCACUAAAUUUUUGAAGGCUGUGGGACUUUUUGAAUCAUAUGAUCUCCUAAAAGCUGUUCACAUUGUUCAGUUCAUUUUUAUAUUAAAACUUGGGACUGCAUUUUUUAUGGUUUUGUUUCAAAAGCCAUUUUCUUCUGGGAAAACUAUUACCAAACACCAGGUAAAAUACUUGUCACAGAUGAUAAUGUUUUAUUUUUGUAGGACUUUGCUGCUAUUUGAACAUAGUGACAUUGUUGUCAUUUCACUACUCAGUGUUUUGUUCACCAGCUCUGGAGGAGGACCAGCAAAGACAAGGGGAGCUGCUUUUUUCAUUAUUGCUGUGAUCUGUUUAUUGCUUUUUGACAAUGAUGAUCUCAUGGCUAAAAUGGCUGAACACCCUGAAGGACAUCAUGACAGUGCUCUAACUCAUAUGCUUUACACAGCCAUUGCCUUCUUAGGUGUGGCAGAUCACAAGGGUGGAGUAUUAUUGCUAGUACUGGCUUUGUGUUGUAAAGUUGGUUUUCAUACAGCUUCCAGAAAGCUCUCUAUCGACGUCGGUGGAGCCAAACGUCUUCAAGCUUUAUCUCAUCUUGUUUCUGUACUUCUCUUGUGCCCAUGGGUCAUUGUACUUUCUGUGACAACUGAGAGUAAAGUCGAGUCUUGGUUUUCUCUCAUUAUGCCUUUUGCCACGGUUAUCUUUUUUGUCAUGAUCCUGGAUUUCUAUGUGGAUUCCAUUUGUUCAGUCAAAAUGGAAGUUUCCAAAUGUGCUCGUUAUGGAUCCUUUCCCAUUUUUAUUAGUGCUCUCCUUUUUGGAAAUUUUUGGACACAUCCAAUAACAGACCAGCUUCGGGCAAUGAACAAAGCAGCACACCAGGAGAGCACUGAACACGUCCUGUCUGGAGGAGUGGUAGUGAGUGCUAUAUUCUUCAUUUUGUCUGCCAGCAUCUUAUCAUCUCCCUCUAAGAGAGGACAAAAAGGUACCCUGAUUGGAUAUUCACCUGAAGGAACACCUCUUUAUAACUUCAUGGGUGAUGCUUUUCAGCAUAGCUCUCAAUCGAUCCCUAGGUUUAUUAAGGAAUCACUGAAACAAAUUCUUGAGGAGAGUGACUCUAGGCAGAUCUUUUACUUCUUGUGCUUGAAUCUGUUUUUUUUUUUUGUGGAAUUAUUCUACGGCGUGUUGACAAAUAGUCUGGGCCUGAUCUCAGAUGGAUUUCACAUGCUCUUUGACUGCUCUGCUUUGGUCAUGGGUCUUUUUGCUGCCCUGAUGAGUAGGUGGAAAGCCACUCGGAUUUUCUCCUAUGGGUAUGGCCGAAUAGAAAUUCUGUCUGGAUUUAUUAAUGGACUUUUUCUAAUAGUAAUAGCUUUUUUUGUGUUUAUGGAGUCAGUGGCUAGAUUGAUUGAUCCUCCAGAAUUAGACACUCACAUGUUAACACCAGUCUCAGUUGGAGGGCUGAUAGUAAACCUUAUUGGUAUCUGUGCCUUUAGCCAUGCCCAUAGCCAUGCCCAUGGAGCUUCUCAAGGAAGCUGUCACUCAUCUGAUCACAGCCAUUCACAUCAUAUGCAUGGACACAGUGACCAUGGGCAUGGUCACAGCCACGGAUCUGCAGGCGGAGGCAUGAAUGCUAACAUGAGGGGUGUAUUUCUACAUGUUUUGGCAGAUACACUUGGCAGUAUUGGUGUGAUUGUAUCCACAAUUCUGAUAGAGCAGUUUGGAUGGUUCAUCGCUGACCCCCUCUGUUCUCUGUUUAUUGCUAUAUUAAUAUCCCUCAGUGUUGUCCCACUGAUUAAAGAUGCCUGCCAGGUUCUACUCCUGAGAUUGCCACCAGAAUAUGAAAAAGAACUACAUACUGCUUUAGAAAAGAUACAGAAAAUUGAAGGAUUAAUAUCAUAUCGAGACCCUCAUUUUUGGCGUCAUUCUGCUAGUAUUGUGGCAGGAACAAUUCAUAUACAGGUGACAUCUGAUGUGCUAGAACAAAGAAUAGUGCAACAGGUUACAGGAAUACUUAAAGAUGCUGGAGUAAACAAUUUAACAAUUCAAGUGGAAAAGGAGGCAUACUUUCAACAUAUGUCUGGCCUAAGUACUGGAUUUCAUGAUGUUCUGGCUAUGACAAAACAAAUGGAGUCCAUGAAAUACUGCAAAGAUGGUACUUACAUCAUGUGAGAUAACUCAUGAAUUGCCCCUGGAGUAUGAACAAUCAAGAUUAAAUGACUCAGUAUUUGUAAUAUUGCCAGAAGGAUAAAAAUUACACAUGACUGUACAGAAACAGAGUUCCCUACUACUGAUCAAGAAAUCUUUCUUAAAGGAAAUUUAAAUAUAGAAUGAAGCAUUAAUGGUACAAGUGGAGUAAUUAUUUGAAUUAUGUAUAUAAAAGGAAUGAGAUUUUGAGUAAACAUGAUGUAUCACAUCAUCUUCAAAAAUAGAUAUGAUGGAUUCGGUGAAGACCAAAAUUACUUCUGUUUACUUUCUAUCAGAAAGCAUCUCCAUUGUAAAUAUGUAUUUACAUGUUUAUUACAAAGACCCAAAUGAAAAAUUUUUAGUCCAUUUUUUGCAUAGCCUAAAGAUAAAAUAGGAAUAAAAGUUCUAUAUUUAUGGAUUUUCUGUAUAUAAAACUGGUUUCUAAUUAUAACUUAAAUCCAUUAAGUAAUAUCUGUAUUGCCACUUCAAAUGUAAACUAAAAUAUUUGGGAGAAACUUCAACCACUGAUAUGAGAUAAGAAGUGAGAAUAGGGAAAUGUAUAACAUCACAGUUUUUUGAUGUAUUACAAAAACCACUCUCUAAAAUAAAUUUUUUUUUACUUUUGGUAA